ACCUCUUUUUUUACUGAGAGCAAUUCCUGGAGUUAUUCCUAGAUUGGACGUUUGUGAUGACCUGGGUUUGAGAAUUGAGGGUGUGGCAUUUCAACACAUGAUAGAAGAAUGGCUACUCCCACCCCUACGAACAAAUUCUUCAUGAGGAACAAUGACAUACAAUCCAUGAGGGCAUACAAUCAAGGAGGAAACUAAAGUAUACUCACGCACGUGUGACGGUCUGGUGUGGUCCAUGGGGAAAGACUGAGUGAAUUAAAGAAGGAUAAUAAAUGCGACCUGCACCAGUUUGAGAGAUGAAGAAAGGUUAAGGCAAUGUAUGACCUUUUCUUGAGACAGAGUAUGUCACAUUUAAAACACCUCGCGAAGUUCACGCUCUUUGAAAGGACAAGGACAGGACAGCUGUUCUUGGCUGUAACUGGUUCCUUCAUAAUGGUUGACAAGGACUCUUCUCCUGUGUCUAGUGACAAGAGUGGAAAUGGGAAUUCUGCGGAUGUAGUUUCACCAAGUUUCACAGACCAAGAUCGAGAGCUUGCUCAAGCUGCCCUUUUGGAAUUUAACAACGGCAACUAUGGGGCUUGCCUUCAGAGCCUUACAAAGCUUGAAGCUACUUGCGGCCAAGACCUGAAACUUGGACAUAAUAAGGCUGUUGCUGAGUAUUUCAAAAGUGAUCUGAGGAAAACUAAUCAGUUCAAAAAGAGCUUUGAUGCACUGUGUGCUCAGGCUCAUAUUAAUUUUGAAGAUGCCAACUCAUUGGAAGAUGUAGACCACUGCAUCUUUUACUUCAAUCAUUCAAUCCGUUUGUUCCAUCUCAAACAGUAUGCUACUGCAUUCCAUCUUAUGAGCAAAGUAUUUUCUCUUAUUGAACCAAUGGAGGAAACUCUCGCUCAAAGAGUUAGUAUGUUGUUAUUGGAAUUAUUACUGCAAACACAUCAACCAGAAAAGGCACUGCCCCAUGUUAGUUACAUAGAGCAACAAUUUACAUCCACAUCCACUCUGCCUGUGGGAAAAUUAUCUGGUGAGAAGGACGUGAAAACUCUGGAUAAAAGUGACAAAGAGAAAAAUAUUGAACCGGUUGAUUUAGAAUCAGACCCUACUAAACUACGGCUUUUGCACUUCAAAAUUCGUUGUUUGUUAAAAACUCAUCAACUUAGUGCUGCAAGAAAAGAGCUUAGUUUGAUAUCAGGAAUAAAAAAUAAUUUGCCCUCUAUAUUUUUGAGGGCCAAUUUAGAAUAUCUCAGUGGUAACUACCGUAGAGCUAUGAGAGUCUUAAAUACAGUUUCAGGAAAUAUUCAAUCUUUUAAAGAUAUUGGCGAGCAUAUACCCGCCCUCUACUACAACAACAUGGGCUGUGUUCACCACUACAUUGGAAAACCAAAUCUGAGCACAUUUUACCUCAAAAAAGCUCUAACAGAGGAGGAGGAAGCCAUGAAAGCUUUAGCAGCAGAAAAUGAUGGAUCCAAUGGACAGCCUCUCUACACUUUAGGUUCCAACCAUAAUAUUGAAAUGAAACACAACUUAGGUUUGGCUCUUUUACAUGCAGGUAGGCCCAGCCAAGCUUUCGACUUGCUUGUUGAUGCAGUCAGAGUUUUUCACAUGAAUCCUCGCUUAUGGUUGCGCCUAGCUGAAUGCUGCAUAAUGGUCUAUAAAAAGUCGAAUGGUGAGGAUUUCAACAUUGCACAGAGGAGGCAGGACAUGGUUCAAGGAGUAGUUGGCAAUGGUAUCCACAAAAAAAUAAUACUCUCUCCUCAACUGGCCCGUGAGGUUAACUCUCAACGAGAGGAGAUUUCCAGUGCAAUCCCAUCUACUAGUCUCGAAUUUGCAUCCCUGUGUCUUCGAAAUGCUCUUUCAUUGCUCAAUGAACAUAGUGCGAGUUUGAAAAAUGGAAAUGUAGAGACCUCGUCUUCACUUCGAUUAGCAGGCUCUCAUCUUGGAGGGCUUCAAGGACUUUCCACUGGCCUCAAUAUAGCUGGAGGUGGUCUUGGUGCUUUGGGUGCCCCAGGGACUACUUUAGGAUUUGGAGGAGGCGCCGCGAAGGCUCCUGUUCAAAAAUCCUGUUACGGAGCUCCCUCUGCUCCCCUCUCAGAGACAGAGGUGGAAAGUCUCCGUUGCUCUGUUCUUGUGAAUAGUGCAUAUGUUGCUCUUUGUCUGGGAGAUUAUAUAAUGGCACUGAAACAUGCCCAAGAUCUGUUGGCUCAACCAAAACUGUGUGGCACUCAUAAGCUCUUGGGUCAUUUAUAUGCUGCUGAAGCAUAUCUUAUGUGCAAUAAGAUUAGCGAUGCUAUUGAUCAUUUGAAUCCGGAUAAUAUCAAAGAUGUUAAUUUGGAGUAUCCUGGUCAAACAGAACUUGACAAGGAAAAAGCAAAUGACCCAGACAAAGAUGCAGAGGAAUCAAAACGAAAUUUGCAAAAUUGGUGUCCAAAUAAACUUGGCACUGCAAGAGCCGUUUUACAAUACAACCUCGCCGUAGCUUUUGCUACACGAGGCGAAUUAGACAAAGCAGGCGAAACUCUGAAACGAGUAUUUGCCGCUAGAGGGCCAGAGUGUGAGGUGCCAACUCAUGUAGUGAUGCUUGCUUUAUAUUUAGAGCUCCAAUUAGGUCACUCAGACGUUUCUCGGAGCAUCGUAAGGCAGCACUGUCCACAAUAUAAGUGAAACUCGAGCUGGCGUCUAUGUGUAGUUUAGAAGAAAUUUAUUUAUCCAGUGAUUUUGCCCUUUGUGACAAAUGAUGAACUUCAUGGAAAAUUGUAUGCCUCCAUGAGUGAAUCAUCCUUAUUUCAAUUUGUUUCCAAAAUUUUCCAAUCUUACCUCUGUCUAGUUACUGGAUUGUAGUUCCAAGUGGAUGAUUCGCUUAUGGAGAGUCUCUGUCAUCUGUUCCACUUCUUUCUCUGAGCAACUGUCUAACAGUGGUCUCUUAGAACUAAAGCUAGUUAUAAGCACCUUCAGUUAACCAUUCUUUUUUACCUUUGUAAUGUACACAAAGGUAUGAUAAAUUUUACCAUUAUUUACCUUCUAUCAUAAUUUAUGAUAAUCCUUCAAUUUGACGCCAUAUUUCACUCUGAUAGUUAAUAGCAACAUAUGGUUUGAUGCUUGCAAAUUUUUUAAAGUUAAGAUUUGCAUCUUAGUAUGAAUUAAUUGCUAAUUAAAUCAAGCUCUUUUUUUUAUACUUGAAUGAAAUUGUGUUUGUUAAACUAUCUGAAGUGUUACAUAGGGUAGCUCAGAGUCACUCUCUGCUUAUCAUGCAACACAUUCAGGACGGGUGCAGAAUGUAUAAGUAGAGAUAAUGGAACUGUGCACAUUAUUCUGACCUUCUUGGGAGUGUGAAAGGUAGUAGGAAAUUAUGAAAUCAGAAUUAAGGUGAAUGCAAAAUUGUGUGACUUUGACAAAAUUCAUUUUUGUUCACUAUUUUUAUUUAUUUUUUUGUGGCUUAGCUUUUGAUAGUUUCCAAAAAGAAAUCAUCAAAUACUAUCAAAGAAUUGGUUAAACUUUUGUGUGUUCUAUGGAAGAUGGAAACCAAUCACCUUUUUAUAUAGUUUAUUCAAGUGAGGUAUGAAGGAUGAGUUAUGUCACCUUCUUUCAUUUUAUCAUGUACCCCAUCACCUUUUAAAAGAAUCAUAGGGGUUUUUGAUAGGAGAUACUGUAUUUGUUAUUUUGUUCCUUGUAAGCGAUCAAUUUGAACAUGUUUAUUGGGUUUCUUUUGCCACAUCAAUUUUGUAAAUUGGACAAUGCCUGUUUCUUGCUUGAAAGAAAUUCAGUGAUUAUAGAUAUGCAGUUGAUAGGUUCUAUGAGACUCGUUUUAUUUUGAUGUCUUCAAUCAACUUAAUACAGUGCCAAAUUUUCCUCCAUUUUUGUCUUUUAAUCACUUCAGGCAUGACAGAGAAUGCAAGACAGCAACCUUUUAUCUUACCUGUUCAUAUUUCUAUUACUUGGAAAGAAUUGACUGGUUUUAUUUAAGUUAGCAAUUAAGAAUACCCAGAACUACUUUAUGUUCAACCUGGGUAAAGACUGCAUCCUGUCUUGGUGAUGGAUGUUAUGCUCAGGAACAAACAGAAAAGGAAAUCUAGUCUUUGAUCAAUCAAAACUUGUUUCUGAUGCGCCAUUGCAACAAUGGGGAAUAGUAUAAAUCAGGAACUACAUUCCUUUUAAUUUUAUCAUUGCUGCAGAAGAAGUGCACUAUUGACAAAUAGAUAGGUAAAAACACCUGCAUUAUUAUAAGUAAACACACCUGCAUUAUUUCUUUACCUGUGUGAGUUAAACUCUUUUUCUUUUGAAAUUGGCUGGCUUUUUGUGCUUUAGACCUGUUUUUUCUCUUUUUUCUCAUUGAGCAUUGUUGUUACCAUUUUUGUUCGAGUAUAGUUCUAAUUGUCAUUUGUCUUAUAUGAAGACAGGUUAUCCACUCAAACUUUGCAUAAUAAUUUUUUUUUUCCUAAAUCAUUAUUUGGACUUUGAAUAAUUUUGUAUGGUAACUUUCUUCUUGUCUGUGGCUGGUUUCAAAAUUGUGAUCCAGAAAAGUUCAGGCUCUUCCCACCUGGGUUGGGUUUUGUUGUUGUUUGUUUGUUGUUAAUAAAAAAUUAACUUGAAAUACAAUGUAAAGAGAUUUAUGA